AGUAAUGUUUACGAUGUGAGAUAUGAGGCGUGCAUAUUUGUUCAUCUUGUCCAUUUUCCUUUGUGUUUGCUUGAUUUUGGCAGAUAAUAACGAUUACAAUGACUACGACGCCGGUCUCUUAGAUGAAAUAAGAUCUGAGGAGAAGAGAAACUUCAAAGAACAAAAAGAUGAAGACGUGGAGGAGCCCUUCAAAAAUUUGUUGUCCGAGCUCGAGGACGACAUUGGAGAGUUGUCCGAUUUAAACAAAAGAAACAAUGGCGGUUCUUCCGGUAAACCACCACCUCAGCAGAAACCAAUCACCUCUCCAAAUACAACUCAGACCAAUAUCACGGCCACUGUAAAACCCACAACACAGAGCAUUGUAACGACAAAUACUAGUGUUCGUACAAGUAAAGCACCGGAAAAGGGAAAACCCAAAGCCACGGAAAAGAAACAACAUAAUGAUAGACGUAAAAGCAACCCAAAAAUAAAGAAACCCCAAAAAGGCGGCGCCGUUCAUAACAACCCGAAGAAAUUACAUCCGCAAGGAGGCUCAAAAAAGAAGGAUAGUAAACAAAAGGGUCAGAAGACUUAUAAUAAGAAAAAUAUACGUGGGAGAAAGAAAAUGAAGAAUCGGUAUAGAACAGAUAAAAAUAAAAUGCUCGCCCGGGCGACAUGUGGCAAGACCAAAAGGUACCCUACGUGCAUGCAAAUAUAUCGUAAAUGUAUGUAUGAAAAAAAGAAACUGAAAAUUCGUUGUAAGCAGAAAAAUGAGAAAAACAAUCGAGCUGGCUUAGAGAAGAAUUCGAAAAAAAAGAGUAAUAUAAAGGGGAAAACCCCGCUCCCUACUGAAAAUGGUCUAAAAACGAUUCAUGGUCACGUGGAGCCGCACUCAAGCAAAAGCAACAACAAAAAAGACAAGAAACACUGGAAGAAUAAAGAAGUUAAUAACAUCCUCCAGAAUUCUCAAAGGAAACAGAAAGGACCCGGGAACGGAAAAGAAAACUAUCAGGGUCAUAAGAAUCAGAAUGGAAAAGGUAAGCCAUCUGGGGAUACAGCAAAACCGUUAACAAAAGACCGGAGAGGAAAAAUAAAGGAAGACAACGAUGGCAGGAAAAUAUUAAAGGAAAGAAAAGCAGUGGAGGAUCAAAAGAAGCUAGUUACUGGAGAGGUUAGAGGACUGCUGAAGUAUCUCAGAAGGGUCAAAGGUCAUUUGUACGAUAUCGACAAACAUGGCGACAAACAAAGAGGCAGAGAGGCAAACGGAAAGUCAAAUUCAAACUGAAAGUCUUAGUCUUUUUUGUGUAAUGUGGUAUUAACAAUUGAUUUAGAGCAGUAAAUAUGUCUAUAGAAUUGCUUAAAUUGUAUUUGUCUUUGCUAUUUUUUGAUGUAGAAAAGGAAUGUAGCAUCCCAUUGAAAUAUU